AUGGCGAAAAGGAAAAGAGAAGCCCCCCCUGAAGGCGAGCAUGUCAACACCAAGCCCUCGGCCAAGAAAGCAAAGGCUCUGGUCAAAACACCACAAUCUACAGCCUUUAAGCUCGACAGCAAUGGGCCGGUGACGAUCCAGAUCAUCGCAGGGUCCUACGAUCGCGUCCUCCACGGUGUCACGGCGACAAUUAUGCCGACGCCCGCCGUGCCAUCUACGAAGAAGAAGUCAAAGGGCAAUACGCCGCCACCACAAGAAGCCAAGUUCGCCGACACAUUCCUCUUCAACGCACACAACUCGGCCGUCCGCUGUCUCGCCCUCUCGCCUGUCUCGGCUCCGACGCCCGGCCAAUCGCAAAAGGUGCUGCUCGCAACAGGCAGCACGGACGAGCGCAUCAACAUCUACAACCUCUCGGCGCACCCGCCCUCGGCACGAGCCGCGGACGACCAGCAAGCCCUCUCGGCGCUGGCGCCCCGGCCGAUCCUCGAGAACCCCAAGAACCGGGAGCUGGGCACGCUCCUGCACCACACGUCCAACAUCACACGGCUCGCCUUCCCCAACCGCUCCAAGCUGCUCUCGGCGGCCGAGGACUCGACCUGCCCCAUCCCCAAGAUGCAGGGCCGCCCCAGCGGCGACACGGCCGCGCUGGGCGGCGCCCCCGCCGGCGUCAACGACUUCGCCGUCCACCCCAGCAACAAGAUCAUGAUCAGCGUCAGCAAGGGCGAGCGCUGCAUGCGCCUGUGGAACUUGGAGACGGGCAAGAAGAGCCGCGUGCUUAACUUUGAGCGCGCCGUGCUGGGCGAGUGUGGAGAGGGGAGGCAUUCGACGGGCGAGGCGAGGCGGAUUGUCUGGGGCCGCGCGAGGGGCGGGGAUGAUGAGUUCGCCGUGGCGUUUGAGCGGGAUGUGCUCGUCUUUGGGAUGGAUUGCGUGCCGAAAUGCCGGGCCAUGGGGGAUAUCAAGACCAAGGUGCUUUCGCUCUGCUACGUAGAGACGGAGGGGAGCGGGGAGGAGACAGUGCUUGCGGUAUCGACCGAGGAUGGCCGGGUGCUGUUCUUCUCGACGGCCGCGGAAGACUUGGCUAAGCCGGCGGAGGGCAAGACAGUGCCGGUGGCUAAGCUGGUUGGGCAGCUGGGUGGGAAAGAGGCGGGCGUGUCCGGCAGAAUCAAAGACUUCAAGGUCCUGCCGGUGGAAGACGAGGACGGCAAAAGGUCGUUCUUCGUCGCCGGCGCUAGCAGCGAUGGGCGGAUCCGGCUGUGGCAGGUUGGGGCUGCUGAGCUCGGCGGCACCGGCAAGACGCCCGGGCAGGUUGGCAAGCUGUUGGGGAUGUACGAGACACAGAACAGAAUCACUUGUGUGGAGGCCUUCGUCAUGAUACCCCGGCCUCUGGGAGCGGAGGAGAGCGAGUAUGAGUUUGAGUCGGACGAGUCUGAGGAUAGCGAUGAUGAGGAGGACUCAUGA